CUGUAAUCUAUUGCCUUUAACUUCCAGACCGCAUUUCGGCGCUAAUGCACACUCAAAAGACAACCUAAACCGGAAGUACGAAGCCAAAGAGAGUUUGACAGUUUAUUUACCAGUUUAUUUAAAUGUACAUUGUAACGUUAGCAUAGCUAUUUGUAAAAAUAAUACAGUAACUUUCGAUUAAAUAUUCUCAGGUGUUGGUAUUUCCCAGCCUACAUCCAACGAGACGCGAGGUUACGACCAACAAAAUUGGCAGUCAUCAUAAAUUAAAACUAAACUAGAUUUAUAUCUAAUUUAUCAGUUAGCUAGCUAGCUCAGGGAUUGAUUUACAAUGGAAGAGGUAGUAAUCUGAACGUGUGCUAGCCACAUCACUUUUCUGCUCUGCAAACUGCUCGUUUGUUGCUAUACCAAAUGGACUCUGAAGACCCGUCCAGCCCGUCUCCAUCCUGCUCCACUGAACCCCAACCCACUGUGUCCCUGGGUCCUGACAGGAACCAUGGUGACCAGGAGGACAGUAACCAUGGUGAUCAGAAAGACACACUGCAGGGUCAGGAGAGGGUUACUGUGAGUCUGGACAUCAACAGUGAAACACCAACAUUUAAUAUCGUAGUCAAAGAAGAAGAAGACUGGGAACUAGAUAAUACAGGAGAGAGUCCCAGCCAUCACUCUGCAGGUGGGGAGAGACCCUCUACAUCAGGAGAACCUGAGCAACACCAGAUGAAAUGCAGAACGAGGCAGAAAAAGACCCACUCAUGCCCAGAUUGUGGGAAACACUGCCAGACAUUAUCGGCACUACAAAUACACAUGAGAACCCACACAGGAGAGAAGCCUUAUACCUGCUCUGAGUGUGGGAAGGGCUUCACUCAUCAAUGUAGUUUGAGAUACCACCACCAGAAGAAACAUUCUGAACAGAUUAAAACAGACCCGGAUGACAAGAUUGGCUGCUGUUGUGGACAAGAGUUCUCUUCAAAGAAUGUUCUGGAGGUUCACUUGAAGACAAACGCUGGCGACAAGCCUUACGCCUGCUGUGUGUGUAAGAAGACUUUUACUCAUAAAGCAUUACUGAAAGUACACCAGCGAUCCCACACAGGAGAGAAGCCUUUCUCUUGCUCUCUGUGUGAGAAGAGUUUUACUCAAAAAGGAAAUUUGACAACACACGAGAAGUCGCACGCCGGAGAGAAACAUCCUUGCUCAGUCUGUGGAAAGAGUUUCACUCAGAAAGGCUAUCUGAAGAUUCAUCAGCGGCUUCACUGUUCUGAAGGGGACUUGAGUUCCUCUGUAUCAAGAGAACUUGAACACCGACAGAGGAGAGCUAAGGAGACUCACAGAUGCCCAGACUGUGGGAAGGAGUUCCCUCAAACAUAUUACCUGGACAGACACAUGAGAACACACACAGGAGAGAGGCCUUACCAGUGCUCUGUGUGUGGGAUGAGUUUCACGCAGAAAGGAAAUUUAAAAACGCAUCAGAAAGUGCAUACAGGAGAUUAUCCCAGCUCCUGGUCCACCGGUGAGGGUAGUCCCUGUACAUCGGGAGAAGCUGAACAACACCAGGAGAACCACACGGCCGUCACAUCUCACGCCUGCCUAGUGUGUGGCGAGGUAUACUCAAACCUCCCAGAACUACACAAACACAUGAGAUCUCACUCGGGAGAAAAGUGUCUCAUCUGCCCUGUGUGUGGCAAGACUUACUCCAGAGAAUUUGACCUCAAAGUCCACCUCAGAACACAUACAGGAGAGAAACCCCACGAGUGCAUCGAAUGCGGCAAGAGCUUUGUCCGUAAACAAGGGCUCCGGCAGCACCAGCGGACACAUGAUGCCAAGCCCAUCGGACCUACCCGCCAGUUAGGCAGGCCAAAGCAGUUAACCACCAUGGACAGGCCAAAGCAUUUAUCCAGGGCUCAGAUGUCCAAGAAAGUGCCUAAAAUGGAGAGUGAUACAGAGAUGCAGGACUGCCAGUACUAUGACAAUUAACCGCGACUUUGUCUCUUAGUAGGUAGAGUUCUUCUCGCUGUGUCUGUGUUGUCGCCAUCUCUGAUCAGUAAGAUAAUCAUGCUAACUCUCACUCAUCAAUCAACAUAUUAUGAUCAACAAAAAGGGGGGGGGAGUGUCCCUUUUUUGGGGGUCAAUUUUUCAUCAAUGCUGUGAUGGUGCUAAGAAAUCAACAGUGACUUGUAGCCCACUUGUGAAAUGUUCCUCACUGAUAAUAACCAUGUCAUGAUUAAUAAAGAAGCAUUCUGGUUAGGACACCUGUUGUCUUUCCCUCCAGGCACAGCGUCCUUCUCGAGAUAAUUUUGAGUCCAUUCACAGUGCAUGAGGUUAGCUAACGUCAGCUAGGUAGGUAACUAGUUGGCGCCAUAGAGAUCCUAUUAAAUUAUCCUAUUAAAUUACAAGAGGGGCUAUGCCAUAAACCCUCAAAGUUCCAUAGUGGAGCCAAAAUGGCAGCCAUCUUGGUCAGGGAGAAAUACAAAACCAGUCUAAUUGGUAUGAACGGCAGUAGGUGAUGCAUUUCCUGUUUUUACUGAUGCAGGAAAAUAAAAGUAAGACGUGAUGUAUCAGAAAUUGUGUCGUAAAUUACAUUCAACCUAAAAUAUUGGUCAUAUAAUUAGAAAUACCUGUUAUACAGGUUUUAUACAAAUGUUCUGUA